AUUUAACUUCUUAAUCAUAUUCCCAAAUGGCAAUGGAGCAAGAGCAAUUUUCAACAGAGAUUGUGAAUGGAGGUCUUGAUAAUUCGGGGCCAAAUGCCGGGUCUUUUUAUUUCUACGUGAAGGUCCGGCCUAGAUUGCCGGAUUUUCUUAGCUCGGUUAACCUGAAAUAUGUGAAGCUUGGUUAUGGUUAUUUGCUUAGCCACAGCUUUUAUUUCUUGGUUGCACCAGUCCUCCUGGUGAUCUUGGGUGUUGAGCUAAGAAAGUUCACAUGGGAAGAUUUUCAUCAGAAGUGUGAACUUACAGAUGCUCUCUUUAUUGUGGGAUUAUUGGGUUUAAUUCUAUAUAUUUAUCUCGAUUUAACACCUCGGUCUACUUAUUUGGUUGAUUUUGCUUGUUAUCGCCCACCGAAUGAGCUUAAGAUCUCAAAGGAGGAGUUCAUUGAGUUAGCAAGAAAAUCAGGCAACUUCAAUGAUGCUGCCAUUGAAUUUCAGCAGCGAGCACUCAAAAAUUCUGGAAUAGGCAAUGAGACCUAUUUGCCCCGUGUAAUUUUCAGCCCCAAUCAGAAAAUAACCCUAAAAGAUGGCCGAGAAGAAGUAGGUGAAAUCAUGUUUGGUGCAAUAAAGGACCUUUUUGCAGCCACCAAAAUUAAGCCAAAGGACAUAAGAAUUCUUGUGGUGAAUAGUGGCUCACUAAAUACUACUCCAUCCCUUUCAUCAAUGGUAGUAAACCAUUUUAAGUUUAACCACAAUAUUCAUAGCUUUAACCUUGGUGGCAUGGGUUGUGCUGCUGGAAUUAUAGCUAUUGAUCUAGCUAAAGACCUUCUACUUGCAUAUCCGGGUGCAUAUGCUCUAGUAGUGAGCGCAGAAGCUGUAACUUACUCUUGGUACAAAGGUAAUGAACCUGACAUGCUCCUUCCAAAUUGCUUCUUUCGAAUGGGGGCUGCAGCCAUGUUGCUCUCAAGCUUUCGCCUUGAUCGAUGGCGCUCCAAGUAUGAACUCAAGCAGCUGGUUCGAACUAGCAAAGCCAUGGACAAUAGGAGCUUCAAAAGCAUACAUUUAAGAGAAGAUGCAGAAGGAAGGCAAGGUAUCUCGGUGAGCAAAGAUGUGAUUGAGGUGGGAGGCCAUGCACUGAAGGCAAACAUCACCACUCUUGGUCCACUAGUCCUACCUGUUUCUGAGCAACUUCAUUUCUUCACCAAUAUGCUCUUUAAGAAGGAGAAAGCCAAGCCUUACAUCCCUGACUACAAGCUUGCUUUCAACCAUGCUUGCAUAUUGGCAGCAAGCAAGAAAGUGCUGGACGAGAUACAGAAGAACUUGGAGCUCACUGAGGAGUACAUGGAGGCAUCAAGGAAAACUUUGGAGCGAUUUGGGAACACUUCAAGUAGUAGUAUUUGGUAUGAAUUGGCGUACUUGGAAGCAAACUCAAAGGUCAAGAAUGGUGAUAGAAUUUGGCAAAUCGCUUUCGGGUCAGGGUUCAAGUGUAAUAGUGUUGUUUGGAAGGCACUUAGGAAUGUUGGGAAGCCUAAGCUGAGUCCUUGGAUUGAGGAUUAAUUCUAUCUAGAGGAUGAUACAAAGAAAAGAAGGAUAAGAUGAUAAUUGUAGUUG